GAGCUCCGAUAAGAAAAGCACUGGCGUCACUCGAUACGAAGUACCUAAGUACACUGGCUUAUUAAAACAGAACGGUCCGCCAAAACUCUCCAGAGUUUUGUUCCAUUAGUUAGGUAAUUACAGAAUAUAAAACACUCGAUUCAUAUUUUUAGCAUUUCUAGUAUUCUAUUUAUUUUCUUCUGACAUUGUUGUCAUAUCGUCCACAGUCCCUUACUGAAGAUACUCUAGGGACCAUCGCCAAGUAUUUAACGAGAAGCUCCUAUGGUAGCUCGGAAUGCGCCGGUGGUCAGGCUUUUUGGUGCAAGUAUUACUAGUGAAAUGCCGACGGUAUCCUUAGGGCGAAGCCGUAAAAAGAUAUCGAAACAUUUUCAAUAUUCUUCAGUUAGGUCACGUACAUAUUGAAUAUCUACAAACUUACCUACCCAGCUCAGCUUCUGUUUCUGCUUAAUUAUCCCAAAUUAAGCAUAGUUUUCAUUUACUCUUUGAAACUUCCCUAACAACUAAACAUGGCGACAGCACAGCCGGUCGUUGUAUCGUUAGCCGAUCUCAAGAGUGGGAACAUCUCUUUUGAAACGCUACAAGAAGCCUUUGGCCCGGAGUCGCUGGGAAUUCUUGUCGUCAAAGAUGUCCCGGCAGAGUUUCCAGGGUUAAGACACCAGCUGUUGUCGUAUGCCUCGUACAUGGGCAACUUACCAGAGGCAGACUUUGGUACGUUAGGGGCAGAUAGAUUGUUCACGAACGAAGCUGCAAAGUAUUUAGUAGGAUGGUCUAAAGGUAGAGAAAAACUCAAGGACGGAGGGGCCGACGAAUACAAGGGCUCUUUUUACGCCAACUGCGCAUUCUACGUAGAUCCGUCCUUGGAGUCCGCGAAACCGACGGAACAGUUUCCCCUGAAAGAGUUCCCCGAGUACUUGGCGCCAAACUCAUGGCCCCCUAACGAGACGCUGCCGGGUUUCAAGCCCACGAUGGAACAGAUGUGUAGACUCAUAAUCGACACGGCCGUAUUAGUUGCGCGAGCUUGUGACAGGUUCGCCGAAAAAGAAAUCCCAGGGUACCCUUCAGCCUACUUAGAGAAAGUGGUCAAGUCUUCGUCCACAACGAAAGCUAGACUCCUACACUACUACCCGAUGCCUGAAGAGGCCAUGGCGAAGAGUCAAGAAGAGGAUAAUUGGUGUGCAGUUCACAAGGACCACGGCUGCUUGACGGGCUUAACAUCUGCUAUGUUCGUUGACGAGCUGAAGACAGACGCAAAGGUCCCCAGUUCUAGCGGAAAGCAGCCGGACUUGCUACCGACAUUGGAGGAAUUGCCCGCGUCACCGGAUCCACAAGCUGGACUCUGGAUUAAGGACAGAAAAGGUGUGCCGGUCCAAGUCAAAAUCCCUCGGGAUUGUAUCGCAUUUCAAACCGGUGAGGCACUUGAAAGGAUUACUCGGGGCAAGUUCAAGGCCGUGGAGCACUCGGUAAGGGGAGCGUACGCUAAAGGUGUUGCUCGAAAUACACUCGCCGUCUUCACGCAACCAAAUCUUGAAGACGAAGUCGACUUGGACCAGCACAUCACGUUUGGAGAAUUUGCUAGAGGCAUUAUAGCGAAGAAUACCGUCUAAGUAGCAAAGGUCCAAUUGUUCGAAAAGCAACUCUUUAUUGAAAUAACUAGCAUAAGAACUUUUACGUUUUAUCUGCUGUGAGUAGAUGAUAAAAUUACAACUCUACUCUAGUCACAUGCCAGUGUUUGAAACUGUACAUUCACAUUUAAACAUGCCUCGGUGAGCUCUGGUACUAA